AUGAAUACUGAGAACAAUGGUUACAAUCAAGCUGAGCCUCCUGCAUGGACCAUGAAAUUCUUUAACCGCCUUUCCUCCUUGGAAGCUAAGUUCGCGUCUUCCCCUUUCUUACAGGAAGACUCCAACGUGGUUGUUCGGUCUCCCGGGGCUGAUUUCACUCCUUCUUCAGCCCUUUUGGAACAUUGCCCCUUCCUUGAGGAAGAUUUCUUCCGUCGUCUUCUUCCGGAUACUGAGCGCCGGCGUUUCCUAUUUGAAUGUCCUAAGAACACCAUUCGUUCCUGCAAUCCACCUGAACUCAGUAAGGUUAACCUGUCAGGUCCCACUCGUCGCUUGGACACUCAAUUGUAUAAUAUCCAGUAUCGCCUCUCUAGUCUUACUCGUCUUAUUGACUGGUUCACAGCUAUUCACGAGCUUCUGUCCGAUUUGGCGACGCACAUCACCAAGCAACGUACUUCUAACGUGUCCCAAGGUAUUUCUGCUUCUUGCAAUCCUCCUUCCGACGAGCCUCAGAACUAUCUCUUGGGCCCCAAAAAUAUGGUGGAUCAUAUCAAACUGGCUCAAGCAGUACAAGCCUCUACACGUAGAUACUCCAGGUCUCGACCUAAUCGCGUCAUCUCGCCCCAAUCAUCUUCAACAGCCGCAUCUAAUAUAUCCCUUAGCGGCUCGACUUCUAACACCACUACUGACAACACUUCUAUUGUUCAGUCAAAAUCUGUGCAACAACAGCAGGGUUUUCAGUCUCGCCCCAACAUCACCAAGAGGGAAUAA